GUAAUGAUGUGGAUAUAGUCAUGUAGAUGAAUUUAUUUAGUAAUUAAUUAACAGAUAUGAUACAAAUAAAUUCGUACCAUUGAUUGACACAGCCACACAGGCAAGGCACACCAUUUGAAAAAUACGAGGGUUGCACUUCCCCGCCUUUGAAGAAGUAAAAAACUGGGAAAUGAGGGGAAAACCCAACUUGCAGUUUCACUCUCACUCGCAUACUGACAUCCAGCUCUCUCACUCGGAUCGCUUUGCCCCGACGGCGACGAGGAAGAAGGAGUAGAAGCAACGGGAAAAUGGAAGACGAAGAUAGGCAGAAGACUCUGGAUCUAGUCAAGGAGCUAGUGCACCGUCUCCUCUCUCACAAUCCCGCUGCACCAAACAACGCCGCCCGAAACCCUAACCCCACCGAUCUCAACAACUCCUUCCGCUACGCCGUCCGCAUCCUCUCCAGCAGGCUCACUCCUUCCAUCGCCCCCGAUGCCGCCGCCAUCGCCGAGUCAAUCAAGCGCCGCCUCGCCACUCAGGGCAAGUCCUCCCAAGCACUCUCCUUCGCCGAUCUCUACAACAAGUUGGCCUCCAAAACUGGGGCCGGCAGUAUCAACAACAAGUGGGCGGUUCUCUAUUUGCUCAAAAUUGUAUCCGAGGACAGGAAAGUGUCUCAGGCCUCGCACAAUUUCGCACUUCACCUGCCCAGUCUGAGUCUGGAUGACCGUGAAUUGGGCGGGGAAUCCCGCAAUUUCAGGCGAGGGGAAAAGGGUUGGGAGGAUGGGGUUUUGAUGGUGGCCAAGGACCCCGAGAAUUUGCGGGAGAUCGCGUUUAGGGAGUUUGUGAAUUUGGCCAAGGAAGAAAAUGACGUGUCCGAGGAGGUCUUGGUGAGGGAUGUUUUGUAUGCUUGCCAAGGGAUUGACGGUAAAUAUGUGAAAUUUGAUGCCGGUCUCGAUGGUUAUGCGUUGCCAGAGAAUCUCAAGGUCCCCAGGUCGACUAGAACUAUGGUAAGAAAGCUAUGUGAGUUAGGGUGGUUAUUCAGAAAAGUUAGAGGGUACAUCACUGACAGUAUGGAUUCAUUUCCUACCGAAGAUGUAGGAACAGUAGGCCAAGCAUUAUGUGCUGCGUUGCAAGAUGAGCUCUCUGAGUACUACAAGCUGUUAGCUGUGCUUGAGGCUCAGGCAAUGAAUCCUAUUCCGUUGGUUUCCGGGUCAGCUAUUUCGUUGAAUUAUCUAUCUUUGAGGAGGUUGUCAGUGUGGUUUGUGGAGCCGAUGGUGAAAAUGCGUUUAAUGGCUGUUCUGGUUGAUACAUGCAAAGUCUUGAAAGGUGGUGCCAUGGCUGGUUCUAUACAUUUGCAUGCUCAGCAUGGUGAUCCUCUUGUACAUGAAUUCAUGAAGAGCUUGCUCCGAAGGGUAUGCUCUCCGCUUUUCGAAAUGGUUAGGCGAUGGGUUUUGGAAGGAGAACUGGAAGAUAUAUUUUCAGAGUUCUUUAUUGUGAGCGAAACAAAGGAACUAGAAUCUAAUGUGAGCCAAAAAGGAAAAGAGUCCCUUUGGAGGGAAGGUUACAGGCUGCAUUCCAUGAUGCUUCCUUCUUUUAUUUCUCAGUCCCUAGCUCAGAGGAUUUUGAGGACUGGGAAAUCGAUAAACUUUCUGCGGGUGUGCUGUGAUGAUAGGGGAUGGGCAGAUGCUGCCACGGAGGCUGCCGCUGCAGCAGGAACAAGCACAAGAAGGGGAAGUCUUGGAUAUGGCGAAACUGAUGCACUUGAAAAUCUGGUUGCUGAAGCAGCAAAGAGAAUUGAUAAACAUCUGUUGGACGUUAUGUACUCAAGGUAUAAGUUCAAAGAACACUGUCUUGCAAUCAAGCGUUAUUUACUGCUUGGCCAAGGUGACUUUGUUCAAUAUCUAAUGGAUAGCAUAGGGGAAGAGCUUUCUGAACCUGCUAGUACCAUCAGUUCAUUUAAGUUGGCUGGCUUUUUGGAAAGUGCAAUCCGAUCAUCUAAUGCUCAAUACGAUGACAGAGACAUAUUAGAUAGGGUGAGGGUCAACAUGAUGGUUCAAAGCACUGGUGAUAGGGGAUGGGAUGUAUUUUCACUGGAAUAUGAUGCUAGUGUUCCAUUGAACACGGUGUUCACUGAAUCUGUCAUGGCAGAGUAUCGAAGGAUUUUUAAUUUCCUGUGGAAGCUGAGACGAGUUGAGCAUGCACUUAUUGGUGCUUGGAAAACGAUGAAACCAAACUGCAUUACCUCCAAUUCCUUUGUUAAGCUGCAGGGUUCAGUUAAAUCACAGUUACUUUUGACAUUGAGGCAGUGCCAGGUACUGUGGAAUGAGAUGAACCAUUUUGUCGCAAACUUACAGUAUUACAUUAUGUUUGAGGUAUUGGAGGUAUCAUGGUCAAAGUUUUCAGACGAGAUGGAAGCUGCAAAGGAUCUCGAUGAUCUUCUUGCAGCUCAUGAGAAGUACCUUAAUUCGAUUAUAGAGAAAUCUCUUCUUGGUGAACGCUCUCGGCCCCUCUACAAGUCACUAUUUGUUUUAUUUGACCUCAUAUUACGUUACAGAGGUCAGGUCGAUCGAUUGUAUGAAGGCAUCUUUGAGCUGCAAGCAAGAAAUGCUGUGUCUUUACCCUCCAAAGACAAGAGGAAGUCAUCGAAACAGACUUCAAAACGACCUGAGCCUCCUGGGUCCUGGGUUGGUGAAGGAAGGAAGGCCCUAACACAACGUGCCGGAGAGUUUCUUCAAAAUAUGGGGAAAGAGUUGGGCGCCAUCGCAAAGGAAUAUACAUCACUGUUGGAAGUUUUCUUAUCCGAGUUGCCUGUCCAGCAGCACAUCAACUUGAAAUUCCUUCUUUUCCGGCUUGACUUCACUGAAUUUUAUAGCCGACUGCAUCCUGCUAAAUGAUGUAAGUUGUUGAUACUUUAGAGUUCCCACCCCUACUGUAGUUACUUUCAAGAAAUGGCCAGAGCUUUCCAGUAUGGCUGAUUGCUCACAGCCAUAUUGCUGAGGGAGUGUGCAGUUUCUCUUGCUUACAUCAAGCGUACCCUUUUAUCUAGGUACUGGAGCUUUACAACCCCUCAAAGCAGUUCCCUUGAUUUGCUUAUCUCACUGUCAGUCUUCUGGUCAGAGAUCUGAUGAUGUUAUUGGUUUGAUCAAUUGCAGAUGGUGUGUUCUACUUUGUGAUGAUUUUCAUGAAAAUUUGGGAUCAUGGAAGAAGGUACUUUGUAUCAUUAUAUGAUUUGUUGUUAGAAGUAGUGGUAACUGACCACUGGAUCAGUGUGAUGUUUCACCCUUCUAGAAAAAACUGGUUCAGUUUUAUGGUGUGAAGGGUGAUUUCCUUUCAAGCUUGGGAAGCAGUAGGUCUCGUCAUUUUGUGUUCUAUAGUCUUGCAGUUGCCAAAUGGUAGCAGUAUGCUGGUACACUGCUUUUGUUUUCACUCCCACUAUUUUACUAUCCAACUCUAAUUUAACAAUAACAAUCCUGGUGUUUGGAUAGCAUGUCUGUAAAUAUCAUCUGGCUCUUGCUGUUUGUGUUGAAGAUUGCACUGAAUGAAGAGUAGGGGUUUGUUUGUUUCUUUUCUUUUCAUUUCUUUUCUUUUCUUUUCACGAGAGUGAAUGGUAGUGGUUUCUGUGCUCUUCUGAUCCACAUAUUAUCAGCUCCAUUAUACUGUUUGUGUCUCUUCAGUUCUCUGCUUGCUGAAAUGCAGUGGCCUCCAUGAGUAGUUCAAAACUGAAAUUUGAUGCAGCAUCAGGGGGUAUCUGGUUAGGUACCAAGAUAGGAUUUAAUCAUUAGUUGCAAGCAAUCAUUCCAGGGCGGAUCUCUGAUACGGAUUUUUUCGGCUUCUUCACUUGCUUUUUGUGGUUCAAUGUUCAUGUUCACUCUUUGCAUGGAUUGGUUCAGGAAACUGGCAAUCAGCCAUUAUGUGGUUGUCUUUUGUUGUUGACAGCAUAAGGAUAUGCCAAUAAACCAUGGUUGAGUGCACUUGGCAGAGUUUGCCACUGAGAUUUGGAUUGGCGGAUGCUGAUCAUAUUUUGGUGAAUGAGCUGAUGCCGCAGCCACUCUUUGCUCUAACACUGGUCAACUACAGUAAAUCGUCAUUGACAGAAAACCCCUCCCAUUUUAUGUGUACUCAAGUAGGCCCUGUAUAAAUCUUGGUUUCAAUUUGCUUAUGUAAUUGCAAUGAACAUUGAAAUUCUUG